ACUGGGUUUAAUCCAAGAUAAAAACGCGGCACCACGAACUCGCGACACAAAACAAGCUCCUGAAGAUGAAACUGACAUGCCGAGCAAACCCGCUGAGGGUGACAGCGUUCAAAGGGAGAUACGUGGACGUAUUCCUGCUAAUAAAAUAAAUGCAUUCACUUCCAAGCAAGAGAUAAACAGCAGCAGUAUUCCUACUAAACUGAUUUCAAAGGAUGACUCAGAUCAGUCUAAACCAGCCAAUACAGAGCAGCAAAAGGAUUUAUCAAGGGAGGAUCAAUUCACAAACGAACGGGACACGUCCCUGACAUUAAACAGGGCCUUAGCAAAAGAUGUUGAAGUAGAGGAGAAAAGCAAAGAGGAGGGUGGCAGGAAACCAGCAGAGAGGUUGGGCAUUCAAACAGAGGCUGUGACUGUUUGUGAAUUGUCCAAGAAUGUUGAAAAUCAGUUGCACAAAGAGGCUCUUUUACUCGCAGGAGGAUCUGAAGGGAAAGGCUCAAAACCAAAUGAAACACUUAGUGACACAGCAGUGGAAAGCACUGAGUCACAGAAUGGUUGCAAAGAGGUGCUCAAGGGCAUAACCACAGAGAGAGCCAUUACAAAUUCAGAGAAAUCAGCACAUCUGUCAUCAGAGGAUAGAGGUUUAUCAGCUGAGUCCAAGGAAGAAACGCAGACAGGGGUUACAAACGCUCUGAAAGAACAAACGAGGGAGGAGCAAGCAAUACUCCAUGAAACUACAAAACAGCAGCCUGGUUCCUUGGAUGAGGACAUGAGUGGAAACAUGUCAGUGAAGGUUUCUGAUGAACUCACCAAGAAUCCAUGUCAAAGACAAACUGAGAGACUGAUUAAUAGACUUUACCUUCAAGACAAACUGCAGCAGAAGUUCUCACCAGAGGAUUUUCUUCAAAUCCGUCCACCUGUGACACGGCACCAUGUCACAUCUGAGAAACAUCUGGCUCACACGUUUGUCCGCAGGCUGAUGAUGUUAGACUGCAGGGCCAGAUAUAUGCCUGUAAGACCAGACAGUCCUGAGGGGACAGAGCCAAAGCCCAGGCUGGUGCCUGACAUCACUGAGAAGCAUUACAGUGAUUGGGAGGUUUUUCUGAACGCCAGCGUGGACACAGAACAGACUUGUGUGCAUCCAAUGGAUGUUCAGAUGGCCGUGUUUCACUGCUCAGACAGCUUCCUUAAACAGAUGAUGGUCACAAAGCUCUCUCAGUGUCAGUAUGCUUUACCUUUGCUGGUCCCUGACCCAGUCACAGUGGAGAUGGAGUGUCCUCUGUGGACUUUCAGACAGAUAACAAAAACCUGGACGGUGACUCAGAUCAAAGAUGGCUCACCCAUUAUCACCAUGAAUGUUCCAGUCUGCAAAGCUCAGACACCCUUGGUGUCAUUUUUCCGCCUGGGUUCUCUGUCAGUGUCUAAAUCUCAGCUGAUGAACACUUUGAUCAACGACCGCCACAGCACCUUCUUCCACAGGAACUGCCCAGGAAGCACCAGGUCUCGCCAUCUGAUGGAUGGUGUGGCAGAGAUAGCCUGGUACUGCCCUGCUGGGAAACCCACUGAUGCCUUCAGGGACUGCAUUGCUUUCUGUAAUCUUCACGGAGAUGCUCUGUUAACUGAAAAACAGCGCGACAUACUGAUUGAAAAAUCCUCCAUCAACGUUUUUCUUGUUGCAUCUCUGCAAAAAGAUGAAGAAAGCAGAUCACUUAUAGCCGCCCUCUUUAAGUCUCAUAAACCUUUAAUAUGUGUGAGUGUUGAUGACAGCUGUGAUGCUGUCAGGACUAAAAAGGGAAAAUACAAAAUGGGUCUCAAAGGCAGAAACCAGUCAGAUGUAUCUGAAGAGCUGAAAAAGAUCAUUAGAGAAGUUUUAUCUUCUCUAGAAGUUUCCAGUGUGAAACCAUCCUUCCAGCUGGAAACCCUGGCUGAGCUCUCUGGAGUCAGAGUGGAUGAAAGUGACCCAGCCUGUCAGAGAGGCAGAUCUGCUGCUCUGGAAAUAAUGCAGCUGAUCACAAAGGAUAACCUGGAUAUCUCAAAGAUUAAAGAGGAAUUCCUCCCUUAUCAAAACCAUCUGUGGCAUCAGUGGAUCAAAAUACACAAAGAACUGAAUCAUCUCAGAGGAAACAGUGAAAAGAAGAAAAGUGAAAAGCAGCAGAAACUGAUGGACACGCGUCAGAAACAACGUGCUGCUUCCUGCAGUAAACUGAUGGAGCUGUUCAUCAACAACCUCUCAGCACUGCCACCAACAGACAGAGAGUAUUUCCUGAAAUGGACUCAGAUCUUCAUGGAUGCUCUCUCCACAGAGAACGUUUCUUCUGUUCUCCAAAGUUAUGAUGAAAAGUGGUUGGAGGUCUUAGCUCUGAAGAACAAACAUGACAAAUCUGGUCUGUUAUUAAUGAAACAAACUGAGCACCAAGACUUGUCCCAAAAACUGCAGUCUGCAUCCUUCGGCUUGGAGCACAUGUUCAGAGAAAUGGGACACAUCUAUGAAGCCCACAGAACAACAGACAGAGAGAGCAGAGACGCUGACUGGUGUAGAUACCCUGAGCUGGCUGCACAGCUGAUGAUGUCAGGACACCCAGUGGAGCUGAUGGACGGGGAUGCAGGUCACCUGCCUUUCACAUGGAUCUCCAGCCUCUUAGAGGAAGUCAUCCAGAAACUGGGGGACCAGAGAGUUUUUGUGUUGUCAGUGUUGGGCCUCCAGAGCAGUGGGAAAUCAUCACUGCUGAGCUCCAUGUUUGGACUGCAGCCUGCAGUGGGUGCUGGCAGGAGUACCAAGGGUGCCUUCAUGCAGCUGCUCAAAGUAUCAGAGAACAUGAAGACAGACUUUGACUAUGUUCUAGUGGUGGACACUGAAGGUCUGCAGGCUCCUGAGCUGGACGGUAACACCACCUGUUACCGUGACAACGAACUGGUGACAUUUGUCGUUGGUUUGGGAAACCUGACACUGAUCAGCAUCUUUGGAGAUGAUCUGUUGAAGAUCCAAGGCGUUCUGCAGAUUGUUGUUCAGGCUUUGAUGAGGAUGAAGAAAGUUCAGCUUUCUCCCAGAUGUGUGUUUGUUCAGGAUGUUCCAGAUGUUGCAGCAGCAGAGAAGAACGUGCACGCAAAGAGACGCCUGCAGGAACAUCUGGACCAGAUGACCAAACUAGCAGCUAAAGAGGAGCUUUGUGAUGCUGAGCGCUUCAGUGAUGUCAUUGAAUUUGAUGUUCAGGAAGAUGUGAAAUACUGUGGGCAGCUGUGGGAGGGCAGUCCACCCAUGGCUGCUCUUAAUCCAGCUUACAGUGAGAGCCUCCAAGAAGUGAAGAACACCAUCCUCUCUAAAGCUUCAAAGUCUGCUGGGAUCACUCUCUCACAGCUCAGAACCAAAGUUCAGGACCUGUGGAACGCCCUCCUCAGUGAAAACUUUGUUUUCAGUGUCAAGAACACUUGUAUUUGUAAUUAUAUUAAAAAAAAUAUAAAAGUUCCUAAAAUAAUUUUUAAAAAAUUGUACAAUUAUAGAAUAAUUUACAAUAAAAAAUAUAUUUUUAAAUUGUAAUAAUAAUUGUAAUACAAUUACAAUUAUUAUUACAAGUGAUUGUGAUACAAUCACUCUACCAAUGGACUGCAAGGUUUAUUUACACAGUGAACAGGAGAAAAUACUGAAGGACAACUGAAACACGAACAUAAAGUCAUAGGGUCAUGUAUUGUGCCUUGUAAUAUUUAUGUAUAUACAACACGUGCUCACUCAGGCAUAUGGAGUGGAAAUAUUUUUUGUGUAAUGUGGGAAAAAAUUAGAAUAGUGUCACGGGCCAGGUGAAUGGCAGUAUUUUUCCGUAGAGCUAUGGGUCUCCUCCUCCGGGUGGAGCCGACCUCAUUUCUUCCCUGGAGCUCAUUAUCAUGGCUGUAUGUAAUACCAGCGAUGACCGCUAUUCUUUCCCAGAUCGUCUGCUACCCAGCUCUUCCCCACAGACCUUAUCCACUAACUGCUUGCAGUAACCUAUAGCUUGGUUGCUGCUUUCAUUUAUCACCAUCACCAUCCUCACCUGGACCUUCACAGCCUUCCCUUCCCCUCUCCCACACCUCCACCUGCAAACAAAUAAUCCCUGUACCAUAGUCAUGUUCACAUUGACCCAAUUCAUGUAAUCACUUACAGCAUUUCCCUCAUGUCCAUGUAAAUAGUGCUCACAUUCAUGUCUAUAGCUUUCUUCAUGAUUCACUGCCUAAGCGUUUAGCUCUCAUAUUUAUAUAUCUGUUGUUGCCUUCACUGAAGAAAUAAACAGGUGGAGUGGUCUUUAUCAAAAGUAUAAGUUGCAUCUGUGGCUAAACCGCUGUACCCAAAAACUUUAAAAAUCUACUGUGUGUGAGGCUGUGUAAGUAAAACUUGCCCUUCACACCUGCGUAUAACAAACCAUCUGUUGGGGGUUGUGGAUUUGACACCUCAGCAUUGUGAAAGUGGGGAAACAUGUUUGUGGCUGAGCAUAAGAUUUCUGCUUACAACUUAGAAUCUUAGUUCUAAAUGAAAUUCAGAUGUUUUUUAAGUACGGCUAAUGUAUUAUUUGACUUCUAAGGCACACACACACACACACACACACACACACAGAGAGAAGAAGAAGAGGGGGUAGUUUUACUAUGCAUCAUAAAAACGCAAUCAUGCAUCUUCCAACUGUAUCUUUCUGUUCUGGCUUUAGAAUCAUUGGUUGUUUACUGAUCCGUACUUUGGGAGUCAUACUGUUGUGAUACUGGGGAGAAAAGGGUAAUGUUUGAUAGACUAAACCAUCACACACAAAACUUCAAAAAUCUAAAGCAUGUGUGAGACUGCUAGCUGUGUGAUUCAGCAAUAAACUUAUCUACAAAUGUGUUAGUAAAGAGUGACGUGUACUUCUGUCACAUUAAGCAACGGUUUAACAAAUUUCACUGCAAACUAUAAAAGGAAUCUGGAUUUAAAUAGAACAUAGUAGUGUUGGA